AAUGUCCAAAUGUAGUCUGUGACACGCAAACUGUCAUCAGUCGGUCUUUUGCGCGCGUAUUAAUAUAACGCGUAGUACGCAACAUAAAUAAAAUUCAUGUGACGUAAACAAUUGUUAAUAAGAUAAAAGUGAUGCUUUUGUGCUUGUGAUAAAUUUCAGUGCUAUCAUUGUUUUUAUGCUUAUCAGUAUUUUGAUGCCGCAAAUCAAUAGAGUACUUACAGGUAGCUGGUGCCCCUAACGAGUGCAAGGAACCCGGCGCCACCUUCAAACCAGUCACCGGUUAAAUUUCACAUGAGUUGGGGGAACACGGCGUGCACCCUGUUGCUCGCCAUUACUGUCACUGUAUCAGAAACCAACAUAACUCACAAAGAAUCUAUAGCAGUGACAGCAUGUGUGGCGGGAGAUGGUGCCGACGCAUCACCAGCACUAGCAGAACUAGCUGCACUAACAUUACGCAUAGGAGGAAUAAGGGCACACGCAGUUCCACCACCAGAAUUAUGUGUGUCUCCAUCAAGGGCGGACUCAGUCGCCUGCCAAAAAGCAAUCUUCUCAGACCUAGGACAAGGGAAAUUACACGUAGCACUCUUAUCAGUGCCGGCAGGAAGCUCGCUCUCUUCGUGGUUGCUCAGAAAUAAUGGAUUAGAUGAUCUUGGUGACGUCAUUAUGUCCCCGACAAGACGGGUGUGUGUGGCCCCACCACCAGCCAGAUCAAUACUAGAUUUAGAAGACGCUUUAAUUGCUCGAAAGUAUUACAUAGCACGGGACACAGCGUUAGAACUACAGGCAGAUAUGCAAAAUAAUGUAACAUUGAAAAUCGAAGCAAAGCUUCCUAAAAUGUAUGAACCAGAAUGGUGUAACUCAAAUACAUCAUGUGCAACUAUCUUCACAAGUGAUGUGGGAGAGGCUCGCCUUUUAUAUGAGGUAGUGAAGGAAAACUAUCUUCGCGCUAUCGUCGUUCCAUUAGGAACAAAUUUACAAAAUCUCACCAACAGUAUCAACAAUCGAACGCUUGUUUGUGACUGGAAUCAACAUUUCCAAGAGCCAUUUUACCCUCUCGGUCCUCCACCAUGUAAAAUGGACGCAGAGAAAUGUCACUUCGAAAGCCGCCGCGUUGUGAAAUGGAUUAACACGAGAGCUUUAGCGAGGUCUCCCUCGGCUGUUAGAGCUUUACGCAGAUUAAAAAUCAACUUUUCUGGUUUACAAGAGUUGGCGACGAAGAAGAGAGACUACGGUGUCGAGGCUGGUGCUCUAGCCUUUUUGUCUGAUCAUCCAGUACGCGACAAUGUUCGCCAAUUGCGUGUAGUCACAUUUUUACCUGAAGACACAAAACGUGAAGUGUACAACUCUUCGGCGUUAAUGGCUGCAGCAGUACUGGCUGCUAGGGAUCUUGAAGGACUUCUGCCUGGAAUUGCAACUUUUAAGGUCCAAACAUAUGACGACCGUUGCAAUGCAGUACAAGCUUAUAAAUACCUAAUAGACGCUUUGGGAACUGGUGACUAUGAUGCGUUGACUGCUGCUGUUGGACCUGCAUGUGGUGUACCAUUUGCAGACGUGGUACGUCAGGGUCCUUCCCAUCGUCUCCCAGCGCUGGCCUAUACCCCUCAAUCUCCUCCGUCGCCCCCCGCGGCCCCAUUGGCUUUAUUAGCAGCUGGAGACGCUAGAAGUAUAGGAUCUGCUGUAGCAGCCUUUUCAAAUAGCUUAGGAUGGAGACGGAUGGUAUCUCUAAGCGAAACAGCAACGCACUCUGCCCUAGCAACAGCCAGUUUUGGAGUCGACUUCAUAGUCAACCUGGAAUUACCAGAUGAGAGACCGGAGUACGAUCCUUCUAUUUUUACAUUGUGGGCAGACCGCGUAGAUCGGGCAGAUGGGCGAAUCAUCUAUGUAUCAGUGGAAGAUGCACGGGCAGUCCGUCACGCAUUAUGUGCGGGUCACAAGUCAGGACUAACCCCUAGCAGCGGUGCUGUCUGGAUCCUGCCAUCUGGUCUUCCACAAAACUGGCAAACACCCAAAGGCGAUACAUGUACAGCUGAAGAAAUUGACGAAAUGCUUCUUGGACAUAUUUCUGUGGCCCAGGAGUGGAUGCUACCUUGGCUAGAUGAUAAUGCAAAUACUUCGAGAUCGGAAGAAAUUGAGUCAUGGGAGUACCGUUGGAGAGAGGACUGUCAUAUGCUAAACAAACCCUGCGACAAGCCAGGCCCGUAUGCAGCUUUGCUGUAUGACGUACUAAAGCUUUGGGCCAGCGCACUCAAAAAGCUAAUUAUUGCUCGACCAGCUGCCCUUGACGAUCUUCAUGAUCCCGAUCUUUUAAGAUCAUUGGUGACCAACGCAACUCUAAUCGAAUAUGAAGGACUAACGGGGAAAUUUGAAUGGAUUAAACUGAGUAAAGAUGGCGCUAUAUUUGCUCGAUCUUCUCCUCUUAUCAUCUACCAAUGGGACGGUCAGCGUCGACGUGAGAUUGGAAGAUGGUUUGAUGAUAAACUGGAGUUAGAAGAGAAUGCCUUGAAAUGGUAUACAGCUGAUGGUCGCAGACCUGAUGAUGGCCACGAUCGAUGCGCUCUACAGCCUUUAGCCGACUUAUUCAACAUACAAUGCCGCACAGCAACCAUUCUUCUAGUAUCUGCUUUGCUGGGAGUUACAAUCGUGAUUUUAUCCGGACUAAUGGUCUACUGCAAGCGACGAGCAGAGAAGAAAUAUCGGGCAAAACUCGAAGCAUUAACCUUGAGAAGACUUCCACUAGUCAAGUCUGUAGGCUUGGAUCCAUGGGAAAUUCCUCGUGAAAGAGUUGUUAUAAACAGGAAAUUGGGCAUGGGGGCCUUUGGAACCGUGUAUGGUGGCCACGCCCUAUUAGCUGAAGACCGAGGUUGGACAGCUGUAGCAGUCAAAACUUUAAAAGCUGGAGCCAGUAACGAGGAAAAACUAGAUUUUCUAUCGGAAGCGGAAGUGAUGAAACGAUUCGAUCACAAGAAUGUCGUGAAGCUAUUGGCUGUGAUCACAAAAACUGAACCAGUCUGCACGGUUAUGGAGUUCAUGCUCUAUGGAGACUUGAAGAACUAUCUUCUAGCUCGAAGGCAUCUAGCUAACUCCGAUUCUGGAGACGACCCAGAGGAGCAAGUGUCUGCUAGAAGACUGACGGGCAUGGCUUUGGAUAUUGCGAGAGCGCUUUCGUAUUUAGCGCAAAUGAAAUACGUGCACAGAGAUGUCGCAGCACGAAAUUGCUUAGUCAGCGCAAGGAGAGUCGUGAAGUUGGCUGACUUUGGGAUGACGAGGCUGAUUUUUGAGAAUGAUUACUACAGAUUUAGCAGGAAAGGGAUGCUGCCAGUGAGAUGGAUGGCCCCAGAGAGUUUAGCUCUUGGGAUAUUUUUACCUGCGUCUGAUGUGUGGUCUUUCGGAGUGCUCCUCUAUGAAAUAGUGACGUUUGGCUCCUUGCCCUACCAAGGACUUAGUAAUAGUGAAGUGUUGAAUAAAGUGAAAUCUGGACAGACAAUUUCACUGCCGACGGGUUUGAAGCCUCAAUUAGAAGGCCUAAUCAAGUCGUGCUGGCAGCCAGAGUAUAAAUCCCGUCCCACGGCGUCAGAGGUGGCCGCCUUCAUUGCUGACACCCCUCGACUACUCUCCCCAUGUCUUGACUUACCCUUGGAUGCCCUGUCUCUUGACGUUGACUCUUGGAGACUGUCCAAAGAAAGGGCUGAAGCUCGAUGGGUAUCAUGGGCCGCACCUCCAUCCGCGACCACCGACGUCACUUACCUCAGCGCAGACGCACCGCGGGAAAAUGACCGAUUCUUACCAUAAUUUAAAGUAAAUAUAAUUUGUAAAUACUUAUUCUAGGCCAUGGGCAUGGAAGCCUUUCGCAAGGCUAAAAAAGCGUUUAACAUAUUUAACUAUAGUUUUUUGUUUAACAAUGUUUUUAAAGAACAUAAUAUAUGAAUUUAUUUAUGUCAGCGUCGGUACUCUGUAACUUACAAAAACGAUUUCAAUGUUUGAUAUGAAAUUCAUAGGUCUCAAUAUCCUAACACAACGUUACGUUAAAAAAAGUAAAUUGAAAUCGGAAUCGUUAUUUUAUGUUGCAGAGUACCCGUGCUCAUACCAGUGCUCCAAAAAGUUGGAUUAAAAUCUUAAUAUAGCUAAGUAACCAAAGAUUUACGUUAAAUUUAUAUAUGUAGUACAAAUAUCAAAAAUCAUUUUUAAAUUCAAACCACGUUGACAUAAUAUAAUAUAAUAAUCGUAAUAAUUAACUACAUUUAUUAAACUAAAAUGUCAGUGUCAUUGACUAGUGACAGUGACAGUCUAUGACAAAUGACAGAAGAUUUAUACAAACCAAGAUAUCUAGAUUUUAAAUAUUUAAGUUGAAUCCAUUUUCAAAUGCAAACGGACAUUACUGAUUUUUUUUAUUUAUUUAACGGCUGUUACGUAGUUUAAGACGUCUAAAAGCUCAACUUAACUAUAAAAUAUUUUUAAUCUGUUUUAAUGUGAUAUAGAACAAAGUGCCUUCUUAUCUAAAGUGUUCCUAUGCAGCUAAAUACUUUCACUUACGUAUAGUUUACAUUAUGCUCAAAUUGUAUUGUAAGAGUGCGAAAUGGUACUUAUAUGUUGCCCAUUAUUUUACGUUGGGAAAUGCAUUGCGCAUACCGUGGAGCGACUGCUUAGUGCGGGAGAGUUGUGUGGAACUCGCGAUUAUGCAUAGUACUAAUAAAUACAGAUACCGGCAAACAUAUUGCAAAAUGUUCUUGGGUGCGCCGAAGCGAUUUGAGGUAUCACUAGGAGGGGGGCGGCGGAAGACAGACGUAGAGGAUCGCGUGAUUGGUAAAUCACGAAUCACAGUAGUGGUUUAACCCAGACAAUAAUAGUUUUAAGCUAUUGUAUAGAUUUUAUCGCGAGAGUUGAGCGCGGCAACCGAAUCAAGAAAGUCCAUAACGAAAAAUUUUUUACACACGAUGACGUAAUAUAGAUUCGGCCAAUACGCAUGAGAGCGGGACAGGACGCUUACUGCCUCUCACAUCUCUCUGACCAGAUCGGUGUUCUCGUAAAGCCGUUUUUUGAGCAAUUCAAGAGCAAACUAAGAACACGAAUUCAAACAAAUGAAACAAAUCCCAAAUUUUACACUACAGGAAUAUUACUUGAGAAAUAUCCGCGUUGUAGGUGUAUCGCGUUAUAUCCAGGAUGUAAAUCGCGUUAUAGGGCUAAUGCGUUAUAGCCCUAUUACGCGAUUGAUUGAUCCAUAAUAAUCUACGUAUAGUAAUCCCCCCCUACAAAUAAAAUAUUUGUCUCCUCCAGAUUUUUCCAACCAUUUGCCCUUAGCGUCGUUUUAGACCUAAUUGACCUGACUGAUCAAAUAAGACUAAACAAUUGAUUUGUCUAUUGUUCCGAAAUCCGAAUUUCGAGGUGGUAUAACAUCUAUGGAAAAAAAGUUGUGAAUUGUAUGGGACUACAAUUGAUAUGGAACAACUGUGUAAGAAGUAAACUAUGAAUCUCUUUUAAAACAACGAAAAUUUAUUUAUUUUUAGUCUAAUAAAACAUUAAAUAAAUAUAAACGCGAAUUACAUUACACAUGUCAAGCGCUUGUCAACUGUCAAAUGGCAUCUGUCAUUUGUGGCUGUCAAGUUGAUAGAUUUGAUAUUGAUUGAUAUGAUUGUGUAUUAAGGUUUUGCUCCAAGUUAUUUUUUGCAAUCGCUAUAUUUUUCUAAGAAUUACGUAAUUUACACAAAUGAAGUUAAAACGCGGCAGCUACUUCAAUAAUAAACAAAUUUUAUUUUUUAAAUAAUAAUAUGAUAGUUAUACAAUUAUACAAUUGUUUUUACGUAGUUCAUAGAUUAUUUUAUAUGUUAGACGCCAUAAUCGUGUACGAUUCUACUAUGUACUCUGUACAUGUAGCCGUAUAUUGAGCAUCACUUUUGUGCCUACGAAAUACAUUCCAAAAUCUAGUCAUAGUUGUUAAGUAGUUUUAAGUUUUUAAAAUUGUACAUAAAAUAGUUUUAAUAUUUAUGGUGACUGUUUUGUAUGAUUUUCGAUAUAAGUGUUUCUGUGUUAUGUAAAACAUCACAAAUAAAUAAUUUGAAUUA